UCGCACUCUGAGGACCGUUUCUUGGAUGGUUUAAUAAGUUUGUGGGUCGUGUUAGGCUUUUUUCACUAAGAUGCCAAAAUGACCAAAAAUUUCACUUUUGUCUUCAGUAAUAUGGAACAAAUGAACUGCCAUCAACCGAAAACAUAAUUUCCGUUGUGAAAGGAAGAGAUUGUGAUUCUCAACAAUGGGGUGUGACAAUUCGACCAAUGGGACAGGUACGCCAUACACCCUGCUGUUGGCCCUUCCUAUGACCGUCCUGGUGGGGUUUCUCAUCCUCCUCAUUGUCUUUGGCAAUGUGCUGGUGAUAAUCGCAGUGUUUACGAGCCGAGCUCUCCGGGCUCCCCAGAACCUGUUCCUGGUGUCUCUGGCCUCCGCUGAUAUAUUGGUGGCCACUCUGGUGAUGCCAUUCUCGUUGGCGAAUGAGCUGAUGGGCUGCUGGGCCUUUGGGCAGGUUUGGUGUGAAAUCUACCUGGCCUUGGACGUUCUCUUCUGCACGGCCUCGAUCACUCAUCUGUGCGCCAUCAGUCUGGACAGAUACUGGUCGAUCACGCAAGCCAUCGAGUACAACCUCAAGCGCACACCGCAACGAAUCAAGCGCAUUAUUUUUAUAGUUUGGAUCAUCGCCGCCGUGAUCUCCUUCCCGCCUCUGAUUGGUACCACUCACUCCAUACCGCUCGUAGACUCGACGCUAUGUUCAUACUGGCUUUUUGUGGUUUCCUGA